AGUUGGAAGAGAUGGUUUUACAGGUUUGGAUGCUGCAAACUUCCUAAGAUUGUGACUAACUGCUUAGAGUUGGAUGCUUUCCUGCACUAAAAGUGGAUUUAUGUGCAAAAUCCUCUGAAAUGACCACGAACAGCUUGCGUAUAAAUGAUGGCUUUAGUUUUUAAAAAGGGAGAGUUUAUUAUUACAUUGAAAUACUUCGCAGUGAAGUAUUUUGCUUAAAAAUAGAUUUUGGAACUUCCAAAAAAAAAAAAAAAAAAAAAAAAUUGGUGGCUUUGCAAAGCAUUUUUUAUACUUAUUUUUUUCCCUUUUUGGAAGUGUUGUGUAAACCGGUGUAGGAGGAGUUCGUUUAAAACACGUCAAGAAACGGAAUUUAUUCAUUCAUUUUGCUGCUGUGAACGGGGCUCGCAAUAUUGAACAGGAAGGAGCUGGUGCUGAUAAAUGCGUCACCACUUGUAGCAAGCCUUGCGUCACAAGCAGAUGGGUCUCUUCCAAAGAAACGGGAUCUUCAUGGGUUGAAUGUGUCAGAACCAUGUUAUUCAGCGCUCAGUCUUCUCUGGUCUGUGCAUCAGGACAUGUGUAAGGCAUGUUUAGACUUGUACUUGUAGCCAGGCUUGGUGAGCAGUGAGCAGACACCUGCACUGUGGAAGGGACUACUCCAAUCAGCCUGCUUUUGGACCACAGAGCUGCGCAGUUACUAUGCAGUUUGGACUGUUUGUAGUGGUGAUUUCCUUCAGCUUAAUGGAUUAUACAGGCAGCCUGAAGGUCUCAAAGGGAAGGAGGCAGAGACGAAUAAGUACAGAAGUGACCCCUGUUUGUCCAAAGGGAUGUGAGUUAUGUUCAGAGUACAACGGGUGCCUCAAGUGUUUACCCAAACUCUUCAUCCUCCUGGAGAGGAAUGACAUAAGACAGAUAGGGAUAUGCUUACCAUCCUGUCCUGUGGGAUAUUUUGGAGUUCGGAAUCCGGAAAUGAACAAAUGCACCAAAUGUAAAAUAGACAAUUGUGAGGCCUGUUUCAGUAGAAAUUUUUGCACAAAAUGUAAGGAAGCCUUGUAUUUACACAAAGGGAGAUGUUACUCCAGCUGUCCUGAAGGCUUCGCUGCCCUUAAUGGAACAGUGGAGUGCAGCAGUGUUGUACAAUGUGAACUUGGAGAGUGGGGGUCCUGGGGGCCUUGCACAAAGAAGGGCAAGCUGUGUGGGUUUAAGAAGGGCACUCAGAACAGGACCAGGGAAUCUCUGCAGCCGCCCCUGGCAGAGCCGUCACUGUGCCCCCCAGAAACAGAGAACCGGACGUGCACCGUGCAGAAAAAGCCCUGCGCCAAAGGAGAAAGGGGUAAAAACAAAAAGGAAAAGAAAGAAGAACAAGGGAAUAAUAAAGAAAACGGGAGGAACAGAAACAAUAAAGAAACCAAAGAAGGUAAGCCGGGCAGCAGGAGGAGGAAAGGCCAGCAGAGAGGGACGGCAGCCCCAGCAACCACUCCCAGCACUACCCAGUAAAACCCACUGCAGCGCUGCUAUGCAUGAAGCCGCUUCUCUGAACUGGAGCAUUGCUGCAAAACUCCCAGGCAACGGCUUAUAUUCCAUAUUGAAUAUGCAGUAGCGGUGCGCAAAGGACUUCAUCGAUGAAGGCGAUGAUCACUCAAGAGAUGUACAGUGUUAAUAUAAAAAUAUAUAAUGGCGAAAUCCAAGUCAGUCAUGAUGAUUUCUUUUGAUGGACGAAGUACACAGGAAUCUCCUACUAGCUGGGCUCUGGGAGACCCUCCUUUAACCCACUCGGUAGGAUUCUUAAGACCAGUUCGUGAUCCACGGUCUCCCCCUUCCUCUUUGUUUGUGAUGUUGGCGCAGUACUGGAGAUACACUGUAGAUGGCAGCAGCGGUCAGCCGCCACAGCGUGAUGAAGGAAUGCUAAAAAUUGACAAAAUAAGGGAUAGUACUGAAAAAAAGAAGUCUUGAUUUUCUAGAGGAAACUCAUUUGUAAAGUGUUAACAAAAUAGCUUCCUGACACAUGCAAAUGUGUUUCUGUUGUUUUUGUAUUAUUAUUAUUAUUAUUAUUAUUAUUAUUAUUAUUAUUAUUAUUAUUAUUAUUAUUAUUAUUAUAAUAUUAUUAUUAUUAUUAUUAUUAUUAUUAUUAUUAUUAUUAUUAUUAUUAUUAUAUUUUUUUGCAGUUUAUUGUUUCAAACUGUGUGACCUAAACAGAAAGAGUAUGUUAAAACCUAUAGCCUGACCUGUUGUCAGAAGAAAAUAUAAUUAAACUGUUCAUUUCAAAUAAAACAUUGUUCUGUUGAAAAAGUAUUUUGUAUGAUGAUCCACGUGAAAGUGUAAAGGCGGCUGGGGGAUUAUCUAAAGAAACAAAUAUAAAACAUAAAGUCCUUACAUAACGAAAAAAAAAAGUGAGACAAGCACACUGAGCACAACUGUAUUCAAGUUAAAAUUUACAGAUACAUGCAUCAGCUUU